AUGGAGCCAAUCAGAGCCCGCACCUCCCACGGCCCCGCCCCCCGGGCCAUUCCGGGCGGGCCCGGCAGGGCCCAGGCCGCGGGUGCAGGAGGGCGGCGCCGCUGGGCGGGGGCCGAUGGGGCCUGGCGGACUGGCUGCGUUAGUGCGGGGCUUGCCUGGACGCUAGUGUGUUGGGCGGUGAGGGGGCGAGGCGGGGCGCUCCGGCCCGCCCGGGAUGGACCAGCCCCGGCCUGGCGGGACCGAGUCGGAGGGGGCGGAGGCUGGGCCGCGGCGGGCAAGCGGAGCGGCGCGCCUGUCCGGAGCUCGGCAGCGGCGGCGCCUGAGGAGGCUGAGGCGGCGGCGGCGGCAGCGGGCCUGGACGAGCGACCGGAGGUGGCGGACGCGGCGCCAGGGGCCCCCAUGGGCGGGUGUGUGGGCGCCCAGCACGACUCCUCAGGCAGCCUCAACGAGAACUCGGAGGGCACCGGAGUUGCUUUAGGUCGUAACCAGCCUUUGAAAAAGGAGAAACCAAAAUGGAAAAGUGAUUAUCCCAUGACAGAUGGACAACUGCGCAGCAAGAGGGAUGAAUUUUGGGAUACCGCACCAGCUUUUGAAGGUCGCAAAGAGAUUUGGGAUGCCUUGAAGGCUGCAGCACAUGCUUUUGAGAGCAAUGAUCAUGAACUGGCACAAGCAAUCAUUGAUGGUGCAAACAUAACUUUACCACAUGGUAGGUUUAGUGUUCCUCAAGGACAAAGGGGACACAAUCAGCUUGUUUAUAUAAUAGUAAGAAACCAAAUGGAAAGCAUUUGUUUUUCUUGUUAUACAUUACCCUAACUUUUGAAAAAAAUGUAGCCAG